AUGGCGACAGCAGCGGAUAUGAAGCAGCUCGAGAACAUGCUACGAGGACAUGUCUCGGCAAUGGGUUAUCCAGUAACGGAGAUUGUGCUGUUCAAACUGGCCAAGGAGCGCGACAGCGAAACGACGGCCAUGAUUGAGCGGGAUUUCGUGAAGCCAUCGUCCAUGGGCGAAGGUGUCAGGCGAGUGGGCUGGGGCUACUCACUUACCGCCCCGGACACGUUCGUGAUCAUGUUCUCCUGGCGCAAGAUUGAGGACCACUGGGCGUUCUGGCAGACGGAAGCAUUUAAUCCCGUCAUCAAUUGCAUAGCGACGUGCUUCGAGCGGGGCAGGCCGCUGGUGCGGCACUACAAGGUCGUCCCACCGGGGAUGUUGUCGGAGGAGUAUGUCAGACUCUUUGUCUGGGAUGAAGGGGCCGACCGGAGUGCAGACGAUAUCAAGGACAAGGUCGCGAGCAAAGCGAGGAACUACAAGAGCAGCAAGGCUGGAUUUGCUGUUGACAUGGGUGAGACGACUUGGUGCUCGGUCCUGUUGGGUUAUGACAGCGAAGAGUCGGCGAAGUCAGACGAGGUCACGCCACAGCUUGAAACGCAUCUUCUCAAGCUCCAAUACAUUGAUGGCGCAGACACCGCCACUGCGUGA